CAAUGGCAAAGCGACUAACUACAUCAUUCGUUCCCCUCACAUCCACUCACACGUACACAAGUGUGCGACGAAAGGGCGAGCUGUUAAAAAAAACACUUUCUAAAUUGGAUAUAAACAACCACUAUUCUAGUGUGUGGAUUCGCAGAAAAUCUACAAGAUGCAGUUUAUGCUGCUGUUCAGCCGACAGGGGAAGCUGCGUCUGCAGAAGUGGUAUGUUCCUCUGUCGGACAAGGAGAGGAAGAAGAUCUCCAGAGACCUGGUCCAGACAAUCCUGGCCAGGAAGCCCAAGAUGUGCAGCUUCCUGGAGUGGAGGGACCUAAAGAUCGUCUACAAGAGGUACGCCAGCCUUUACUUCUGCUGUGCUGUGGAGGACCAGGACAACGAGUUGAUCACCCUGGAGAUCAUUCAUAGAUAUGUGGAGCUGCUGGACAAGUACUUUGGCAGCGUGUGUGAGCUGGACAUCAUCUUCAACUUUGAGAAGGCCUACUUCAUCCUGGAUGAGUUCCUGCUCGGGGGGGAGGCCCAGGAGACCUCCAAGAAGAACGUGCUGAAGGCCAUCGAGCAGGCCGACCUGCUGCAGGAGGAAGCCGAGGCUCCGCGAAGCGUCCUGGAGGAGAUUGGACUGACAUAGACCCAGGGCUAGCCUUCGUAUCCAUCACCCCCCCAACCCCCCUUCCCUUCUGUAUCUGUGGUCUAUAUAUGUUGCCUGUUCUCUUAUUUCGCUAAGAUGUUGUGCCAACAGUUUUUGUGUGUGUGUGUUUACUACCCGUACACUCUUCUCCAGCACCCUCGUUGACAUUCUCUGACUCUCCAUGUUGUGUUCAACAAUAAUGAUUGUGUCUCCAUGGAAACAGCAGUGCAAAAACAACGACGCCAGGCUUUGGGGUCUAGUGGGUGUGUGGAUGGGUGUGUGUGUGUGUGUUGUCUGUGUGUUAAGAUCGACCAUGACACCAUCACUAGACCCUUCUGGAAAUGUCGCAGGCUGUUUCUGAUCGAAAUACGUAACAGAAGAAUCCCAUUCAAGUAGUUCUGUCUAGAGAUACGAGUAAUAAAUACUUCUCCAGAUGUUUAGUAUUAAAAUAGGUCCGAAUUUCGUAUUUUAGUGAGAAGGGAUUAUUAGAAAUGAUUACUGUUUUUGGGGACAAGAACGAGACAUCAUGGUUUGACCAAAGAACACUGUGAACACUGGAUCAGUCAGGUCCUGAAGGGAAGAGAUCUAAUAGUGAUGUAGUUAAAAGGGACACUGUCCUAAAAAGCAUUUCAACUGUUCUAUCAUGCCUGUCUUUAGGUGGAACUAACAUUCACAAACAAGGUGCACCUCUUAACCUGCCUAAGUUCAUACCAAAAUGUCCUUUUUAUUGACUUGUUUACAAAACUUUGCUGGUCUGGUAUUGAUGGGCAGGCUGUCUGUUAUCUGUAUGAUGGACCGAAGCUUGGAUUUGUGUUGCAGUGCAUACUGUUACAACUAUUCUGUGUUUCAGACCAAUCAAACUAGUAUUCUACAGAUUUCUUGUAUUAUCCACUGCCAACAUAUGUUUGUCUGCCUACUGCCUAUCCGUCAUCCUAUCUAUACCAACCCCCUGGGUCCCUCAGAACACUUCGUUAUUGUGAGAAUAAAUGUAACAGAACAAA